UGCUUUACAAUGAAAACAAACUUGAAAAUGCAGAAGAAAAAAACAGUGAUAAAACAGAGUACACAUAACAUGAUACAGUAUAAAAACUAGUUAAAAGCCACACUGACUAAAUGAGUAGUCUACUGCUUCUUAGAAGAAUCAACAGGAUCAAGACAUUCCAAAGCAUUUCACAAACUGGAGGCAACCGCUGUAAAAGAUCUAUCCCCUCUGCUUUAACCAUUGCUUUAAAUUAUUGUAAAAGGUGAUUUACAACCUCAUCUAAUAUUGUGUUUACAGACUUUGGAGAAUUGCAAAGUCUGUUUCAGGGUUUUUACUCGUACAUAAAACCUGAAACAGUAAAGAGUUUACCUGAAACCUAGUCUGAAAUAAAUUAAAUCCAGUUGUAAAGACACAUAAUCUAUGUGGAACUUAUGCUUCCACACGAACAGCUAUAUAACUUUGGUCAUUUCCUAAGGGAUGUGCUGCAUUAUUUCCUGAAUGUUUCUUUUACCAAGUACUCAUGUUCACCUUUGAAGACCUUCAAACAUGGUCUUAUAACUGAUAAGGAGGAAUUUUUUGAACGUGUGAGUUCAUUGUUCCUGAGAAUAUCACACAUGGGCAAUAAAACAGUAAAAUUAGAUAACUUGAAUAACCAUCCAACCAUCAUGAAGAGCUUUAGAAAAACAGAUGUCAUAAAUUUGAGAGAUAAUUUUCUUUAAAUAGCAAUACAAAGAAAACUCUCAGUGCGUCCUUGUCAGGCUACAAUGGAGAAGCUAUUGUGGCUGGGGUGUUUGUAUUUUCUGUGCAUCCUUGGAAGUCAAGGUAGGGGGGUGAAAAGGCAGGAUGACUUUGUGCUUCUUGCAGGCCCCCUGGCACAACCCGAGCUGAGAACCUCCAGCAAUGGGGAACAUGCUGCCUUUGACUGCAGUCAGCCCAUACCAGCCAACUCCAAACUGUAUUUUGAGUACCUCCGGAGCAAAGGGGUGACACACUUCAAAGUCCCGCUGUCAUGGGUCCAGCUCCUUCCAACGGGCCUCUCAAGCAAACCCCAACCAGGCGUAGUUAGAUGCUACCAGACCCUCCUGAAGCAGCUGCUGGAGGAAGGACUGCAGCCACUCAUCAUCCUUCACGGGUCAGAUGUUCCAGAGUCUUUGAGGUCCAGGUAUGGCGGCUGGGAAAGUCAGUGGCUGCUAGAGAUGUUUCAGCAGUAUGCCGAGUUCGCUCUGAAGGAGUUUGGGCCACUGGCACAGUCAUGGGUGACAUUUAGUGACCUGGAUGAGGUUUUGCAUGCGGGCCAGGCUGCAGGUGACCACCAUCUGCAAAACAUCCUCCAGCUCAACAAGAUGAUUUACCAGUUUUACCAUCACAACUUUCCUGGGAAUGGUGAGUUAUUUUUUUUUACAAAAAUGACAUGCACUACAGUUAUAUUGACUUAAUAUCUAUCACAAGGAAAGAUCGAAAAAGAAUUGCAAAUUAUCCAUGCUUCUUAUUGUAAUACUGACUAAAGUCAAAGUUAUUUAAAAGUAUUUCUUCAAUGCAUUUGCAUUUGUGCAGGGAGAAGUCUGUCAAUUGUACUGAAAGGAAGAGAUGAAGCUGCACUUUCCCAACUUAAAGGUUCAACAACUGUAAGUUGUCUGUUAGUUAGAAGUGAGCAACUAAUAUUAGUUAUAGUGUAAUAUGAGUUAGACGUGAAUAAGAAAUAAUUUGCUGUGACUAACUUUACUUGAUGUCUGCACUUCUUAUAAACUUCUUAGGUGUGAAUUCCUCUGUGUCUUUAUUUGAAAUCCAAAACUGAAAGCAAGCAAAAAAUAAAAUAAAUAAAAGAAAAGAAAAGAAAAAAAACUGGAUGCAUUUUGCCAACUUAUUCAGGAAAAACAUAACUUCUGUUUUUUAUGACUGCAACCCUGUUAUCUCCUCACUUCCCAUGCUAAUUAUCAUUGCUGUAUUAAUCUCCGGAUCAAUACAGGUUGAUUUCUUGUCGGUGGACAUGGAUUUCAGCUGCAUUUCUUCUGCAAACUUUGCACAGGAGUUGAAGAACCUACAGGUAAACU